AUGCAGCAGACCCGCCAAUCCAAGCUGAUCGCGCCGAACGACCACGGUCUGGUGACGAUGCCGUCCGGAAGCAUGCGGAUCGUGCAACUGCGGCCCGGCGGAGUGAUUAAUUUAGGCAAGUUUGGCCAUUUUUUGGUCGACCAGACGUUUGGGUACGCCUAUGGCCAGGCUUUUGAGAUCAUCGAGGAGAAAAAAGUGGUUCCCGUGAAAGAUUUGAGCACAGAGUUCGAAGAGAGCCGCGAGGCCACGCCUGGACCCGUGGUUCCCGAUUUCAAGAGCUCGGCAAACAACAAAGACUUGGUGGAUCUUGGACAGAAGAUCCAAGGCCUUACUGCACAGGAUAUUGAGAAAAUGAAGAAAGAAGGUGAAGGAAACGCCGUGGCGCGCCAGAUCAUCGAGAAAAUGAUCCAGAGCCACGAGGCGUUCGAUAAAAAGACGCUCUUCUCGCAGGAAAAGUAUCUGACCAGAAAACAGAAGAAGUUCACCAGACGGUUCCAGAUCGACUAUCUGAGCUCGUCGGCGUUGGUGAAGUACUACUACCAAGAGAAGGAUCCGCAGAGAGUGCUGGAUCUGAGCGAAGAGACUCUUGGAUUAAUGAUGAGCCACGCAAACAUUAUGCCUGGUGGCAGCUAUUUAGUGUUGGACGAGACUGGAGGACUGUUGGUGUACGCUAUCUUGGAAAGAAUGCAGGGCCAGGGCUCUGUGGUUUGGUUGCACGAGAACGACCAGCCAAACACGUGGAUUCUAAAACAGAGCGGGUACAGCGAGACGCAGCUGGAUGAGAUGAUUCGGCCGAUCAGUUUUCUGGAGUUCUUUGAGCCAGAGAGCCACACGGGGCCGGUUUUCAAGUUCACGGAGCAGGAGGUGGCCGAGAUGUCGCAGUCGCGCAAACAGUCAUACCUGAGACGGCUGGCCAAGGCAGACAAGUUGCAACAAACGGUCGACAUGGUGACCCGGAACGAGCUCGAUGCGUUGGUGAGCAUGUCCACGUUGAACCCAAGCACGCUGAUUCCUCGAGUUCUGGAAAGACUGGCUGGCUCGCGGCCUGUGGUGGCAUACCACCAGUACAAGGAGAUGUUGAUCGAGCUAGACCACAUUUUGCAGAAGGACAAGCGUGUGAUCAUGACUAGCAUCGCAGAAACAAAGGUCAGACGGUUCCAGACCGUGCCGGGAAAGAUGCAUCCGUUGAUGACAUCGCGAGCCGGGGGUGGCUAUGUGUUUGUCGGGCUGAGGGUGUUGCCCGCGGAGGGGGUGCAGGCCGUUGGACGGGGCAAGAAGCGGAAAACCGAGGAGACCUGA